AUGUCUGAUAUAAGUGCUUCGGAGUAUAUCGACCAACAAAAUGCUUUGGAAGAUGAAGCCCGGGAAGUCAUGCCAUGGAGUCCAAAUCAAUGCACAUACAUCGAUGGUGGACUACGACAGCCCGUUUUUUCUUGCUUAACCUGUGGGGAGAUUGGUGUGUGUUAUUCGUGUUCAAUUCAAUGCCAUGCAGACUGCGAAUUAGUCGAAUUAUUCACCAAAAGAGGAUUUACAUGCGACUGUGGAACGGAGCGACAAACUGCGAAAAAGAAUGUUAACAGCGCUUACUGGUGUCAAUUGCGGAAAAAUACUACUCAGGAUAUAGCAAGCACAUCAAAUACUUAUGGUCCCAACUACAAGGGAUAUUUCUGCGAUUGUCACAAGCAAUACGAUCCGGAUACUGAUUCCACCAUGAUCCAGUGUACCUUGGGUUUGGAAUGCAACGAGGACUGGUAUCACUGCUCUUGUAUCUUGAGAACACAAAAUUUGAAAAAUGAAGAGGAGCAGGAACGGGGAGAAAAGAUACAGCUGGAUCCAACGGAUCAAAUACCCAUCAAUUUCCCAAAACUGGACUCUUUCGAGGCUUUUCUAUGCUGGAAAUGUGUAUCGCGCUAUAAAUCUGUCUUUCGAGACCUACUGGCGCAUCCGCGGUCUCAAGAUCUGAUAGCCCACAAAGUUCCCCACAAAGAUUAUCUGGAAGUAACUAACGCGGUGGAAUCUAAUGCAGACACAUCGACUGACGAUAACCUGCGAAAACGCAAAUUCGAUUAUGAUGAAGAUGAUGUUGAUCAAGCUUUUUCCGUAAUGCUCUCACCGGGCUAUAAAAAUUUAUUGCAAGACCUGAGAUCCGAAAUUGAGAAGUCAAGCAAGAUUUACGUGUUCUUGAUGGAUAUCGCACCAUUUUUAGCCGAAGAUGACCCCACUUACGAGCCUCCAAAUGAUUCUGAUGAUGAUACGUCAACAUAUGAAUUGGGAACACAAGCGUUGUGGCCAAACGUGGAUAAAGACCUUGCCGCAGCUGGUCUGAAAGCGAUGGACGGUAUCAAACAGAAGUUGAGUGAGUUUUUGCGGCCCUUUGCAGAGUCAAAACAAGUGGUAAAGGAGGAAGAUAUACGGCAUUUUUUUAAGCUUCAAAAUGAAGAGAACAGACAAUAA